AUGGAUGGGUUUGUUUGGGUCCCGUUUUUGUGUGUGUCUCUCUCUGUCUCUCUGUCUCUCUGUCUCUCUGCCUUUGUUGUCGAUGCUCUCUCUCUGCCUUUGUCUCAUAUCUCUCACUCUUACUCUCUCUGUCUCUCUCUCUCUGUCUCUCUCUCAUAUCUCUCUCUCUCUCUGUCUUUCUGUCUCUGGCUCUCUGUCUCUGUGUCUUGUCUGACUCUCUCUCUGUCUCUCUCUCUGUCUCUCUCUCUGUCUCUCUCUCUGUCUCUCUCUCUGUCUCUCUCUGUCUCUCUCUCUCUGGCAUUUGAAUGA